AUGUCAAAGAAAAUCGCUAUUGUCGGGGCUGGUGCUGCGGGCAUGUCCUGCGCUGCCACCUUGGCCAAGCAUCCCGAGUUCUCAGUAACGCUGAUCGACAUCGAGUCGCAUACCGGCGGACAGGCGACAUCAAUCCCACUAGAUCAGUCUACCCACGGAGCGAGCUGGCUAAACGAUGGCGUUCAAGGUGGUUCGCAAAUCUUUCGGCACACUUUCCAAUUUUUCCGUCGUUAUGGUUACGAGCCCCAGCCGGUCAAGCUUCAAGUCGCGUUUGGUAAAGGGAAAAACUUCUGGACCAACGUGUUCCCAAGCCCAUUGGUUGAUCAGCACUCGGCAGAAAUCAAGAAGCUCUCACGGGUGCUUACAUGCAUCAAGUAUUUGAUGCCUAUUCUUGGCAUCAUGCCAGUGAAAACUAUUUUGCGUCUAUUUCGUUUUAGCACCGAUUUCAGCAAUAGGAUGGUCUUGCCACUCCUGGCUCUGUUUCUUGGAACAGGGAAUCAAACACCCAAUGUCUCAAGUGUCCUGUUGGAGCGCCUCUUCAAUGACCCGCAGAUGAAGUUGUGGGAGUAUGACCCGGAUACACUAUUGCCAAAUCUCCCUCUCAUGUAUACGUUCCCAAACUUGAACAACUUUUACCGAGACUGGGCAGCAGACCUUCGCGCCAAAGGUGUUGAUGUUCGACUCAAUUGCGCUGUGACCAUCUUUGAACGAAGCAAAAAGGGUAUCGUACUGCAACUGCAAAGUCAUGAAGACGGACAACCGACGGGGCAACCAUUGACAGAAUCAUUCGAUGAUCUAGUCAUGUGCUGCCCAGCAGACGAAUCUAAGAAGCUCCUUGGUCAAUUAGCGACCUGGCGCGAGAAGUAUGUCCUGGGUGGAGUCAAGUUUUUCAACGACCUCACCAUCACCCAUUCCGACUCCAACUAUUUCCAGCAGAUCUUCGAGUCUCUGUAUGAUCCAAAGCUCAGUGCGAAGCCCACAACUCAGGAACGCAAAAAUCAAAUCGCGUUUGCCGAACAAGAGCCCCAUAGCCAGAAGGAUGGUUGGCUGGGAUUCCGACCGAUGUACUUCAUGCAUUCAUACGAAUCGGACCCUACAAAAAUCGAAAUGGGGUUCAAUUGCAGUAACUACCAGCAUCAGUUCCGUGAGGAACUGGGCGAAAACAACUCUCCUUUGCCUCAGGACCAACAGGUGUUCCAGACAAUCUUCUUGAAUGAUCAAGAGAAAGACCUUUGGACAUGGAAUGCCAUUGAUCCAUCCAAAAUAAUAUCACGGAAAUGGUGGCAUCAAUUCGGCCAUCGGUGGCAGCACUAUCUCAGAGUUGUUCCAGGUAUGGCGUUCAUCAAUGGCACUAAUCGGACGCUAUACGCAGGAAGUUGGACUAUGGUGAACAUGCAUGAGAUUGCGUGUAUCUCUGGCAUUGCUGCUGCAUACCGACUUGGCGCUACCUAUGAACCUUUUGAUGACUUUGCUGAGGACUUCUUUGCGAAGUACCUGCUUUUAUGUCACGGAACCAGGUACAAGAAGGCCAAGCCGAAGAAUGCAUAG